GAUCAGUCUGAGCAUAAUUUCCAUACAGAGACUCAAACAUGUCAUCCAAAAUCGAAAAGCUGUGCCACUUUGUGGAGAAGAUGAAAGCAUUCCCAUGUUCGUUUAAUUUGGGAUCUGCUAAUCUUGACGUGGGGGGUCAAGUAUUCAACACCAAUGGACUCCGCGAGCCAAAGCUGCAGAAAGGUAUUUGGUCAAGACUGAAAUCUUACCUGGAAGAAGACGUGGAUCAGUUAGACCCAGAUCUUGUUGAUCCUACAUGGAAAGAUAACCUGAGGGCUCGAGUCUACGCUGAACUUGGAGACUUUGAAAGGGCUAAGGAAGUUAGCUCGAAAGUUCUAGAAAGCUGCCCAGAAAAUUUGGUGGGUACGGCAAAUACUGCGUUUCUGCUCGCAUAUGAGUUAAAUUUUAGCAUGGCUGAAAAUGUUCUAGAAAAAUUGGAAGGAAUAAAAAAGAGUGAGAAUUUCGAUCAGUUGAAGCUCGAGGCUAUUGUAGAGCAAGCUUACACGCACUAUAAAAUUUUAAAUCCUCAUAACAUACCCGACGUUCAAAACGCAAUUAAAAUUCUUGAGUAUUGCGUGAAGGGGAUCAACAGUGACGGAAAGACGACAGAAAAACUUGAACUCAUGUUGGCAUCCUUGUACAAACGUAACGGCAACCGCGAUUUUAACGAAAAUAACGAGGAAUUUAUCACCAAAGCUGUCAAUCUGCUUAGCUCUAUCAAAGAUUCCACCACAAGUGACUCCGUUAAGGCGAUUUGUUACGUCAAACUGGCAAGAUUGAACAGAAACAUGGACGAAUCCGUUAUGGACAUGUGCCAACAAGCAGUAGAGCUAAAGCCAAACAGUACCCGAGUUCUAACUACUGCCGGUCCGAUUUUAGUUUCAGUCCGUGAUUUUUAUAGAGCGGAAAAUUUACUAAGGGAAAUAAUCAGAAACACAAACGACCCACUGAAUUAUGCUUUUCUGGGUGGUGUUUACUUUUCCCAGGCUAAAAAACACAAGUUUGAUUUCCCCCGGUGUAAGAAUGACACUUGGAGAUCAGCAUUUAACAUAAAGAAUAAUCUUGUGAGACAAUUGUUAACAAUCAUAAGUAAUCUACCUUCUUACGGCGAUAGGAACACCUAUAUGAGGAAAGCUGUUGAUUGUUUUAGAGUGUACACAAGCAGUGAUGCCUGUAAUGCCAGCCAUUGUUGUAAAAUAGCUUUUAAACUGUUUUUAGCUCGCGAGUAUGACGAUGCCUUCAAAGUUUGUCAGAAAAUUGUAAGUGGGGAUAAAUCUAAGGUGUCAGCUUGCCACGUUGAUGCUUAUUAUGUCAUGGCGCUCUGCUAUGCCUUAAAAUGUAUACAUUCUUCAGAUGUAGAAAGCCUUGAAGAAGUGGAAAAGAAAUGUUUAGAAAUGGUGGUAUUAAGUCUUCGCUAUGCGGCUGUUUUAAUGGUGGAAGAGGCUGAAAGGUAUACAGUAGAUUAUUAUCUGUUGUGGAGAGGGCUUCGUGAAAGGCCUAGGGGUUUUAUAUUAUACCACGUAAUGGAUUUUAGACUUAACAACUUCCACAGGCUACAAAAGUUGGUAAUUCUAUUUAGUUCCGUUUUACCUGAUCUGGAAAGAAUUAUCCAGAAGACAGAAGAAGAUUGGAAUGACGUGACACAGAUAGAACAAGAACUAGAACAACUGAAAAACACCAACCUAAAUUUAGCUUUGCUGUAUCUGUCGUUAAUCAACUUGAGACCAGAGACCAGACAGCGUAUCUCAUGGAGGAACAGUCAUGUAGUACGGGCAAUCAAACUUGAGGCAGCCAAAGACAUCUUCACACAGGGGAAACUGGGAGUCUGCCAUGAUGGAAUAUGGCAGGAAAUCUUUCAUGAGGAAUUUCAAAUCGACCCAAAGUCUAAAACUACCCCAGUGGCUUUACUAGACCGGUUAAUUAAAGGAACAAGUUGUGAUGUUUUUAUUGUCGAAAACAUCAAGACAACAAACCACAGAGGAAAUGACGUCAUAAUGUCACAAGUUUUGAAAGACCUUAUCACAAAUAUUUGUGGCCUAACUGUGAUGACGUCAGCAGACGUUUUAGACGCAGACGAGAUAAGACAGGUCAUAUCUAGGUCAAACGUUCUGAUUGUUUUACAGAAACAGAAACGAAAACAGAGCAACAGGAACGAAACGACCUUGAACCCAACCCCCACCAGAUCAGAUGGGAACGACUCAGGUGUGUUGAGACAGUCUCUGGAAAUAUUUGCUGCCUCGUCCAAAGAAGGAACCACGCCCAGACACGCCAUCAUCGCUGUGGUAGAAGACGAGAACCACGAAGACGAGCUUAGAAUUCCCAAAGAACUUUCUGGACACUCUCAGCUGACUUUUACAUUGGAGGAGGUGAAAGUUUUGGAAGAGAUGAGCAGCUCUAGAGAAGAUGGUCAAGUGGAUGUUUUUAUGAAACUUUUUAAAACAAUCGUUAGACAAUGUUAGGUGAAAGGUCAUGUGGAUGGUUUUAAGUUGUUGGUUUGAAACUUUGAAACUUAGAAAAAUCAAUUAUGUAAAUAGACAUCUUAUUUCUGAGUAGUGGCUUAUCUUUCGAUUACUUAUUAAAUUUUACACAGUUACAUUCUUAAAGCUACACUUUAGGCCUUUAGUCUAUCCCUAAACUUAAUGUGACUAAAAUUCACUGAAUCUAAAUUGUACUAUAAAAUGUUUUGUUAUGAUCGCUUUAGUAUCGUCACUGCUCUUCUAUUCGCUGGCCUUUGCUUUUCUUUUACCACGCUGUCCCCAUUUUUUUCCCACGAAGGCCGUUAAAAUUAAACCAGUCCAAUAAGGUUUCAUUUGUUCCUCCUUUUCAGAAUGUUAAGCUGAGUUAGGUGUCACUAAUUAAAAUAGUUUAAUCAGGUGCAACUUUUUGCGGUGCUUCUUUUCCACGAACUGUUAAUGAUGUCACACUCAUAGUCGUAAGGGGGAGGGGGUCCUGGUGUGAAACACUCUUUGCAAUUUAAAGAAGUAAUGAUAGAAACUGAAUUUCGGACGUUAUUUUGCGUUUUAAAAAAUCGUUUUAAUAAAUUGUAAUAGAAUUUGAUUAAAAUACCCAGCGUUGACCGAGAUCAGUUAAUAUUUUUGAAAGAAGAAAAAAAAAAUCGAUGUUUAAAAAAAAUUCAAAUGCAGUUUUGUGGAAGGGUGCGGUUGUAGGCUGAGGUGU